UUCACUCCAAAAUGGAUGCAAACACAUCCAUUAGCACGGAAGUACCGAUGGAAUGUUCCACGCCGACGAGUGCUGCUGAUUUGGCGAAUGAUCAGAAGAGACGCAGCUCCUCACGAUCGAUCAAACGGAAGCGCUUCGAUGAUGAAAUCGUCGAGUUUAGUAUGGCCAGCACACCGAUCCAGCAGAUGAAAACUGUCAGCGGAUCUCGAUCCCAUACACUCUCCCAGUCGAUGUCGGCUCCGCUCGGUACCAUUGUGUCCGGUCCGGGAGGCGUUGCUUCACCCGGUCCAAGCACCGUGACCAGUUCUCCACCAUCGACCAUCAUAGAACCAAUGCAAACGAUCCCGUCGAUUGUGCAAACACCACUUCCGGUGACAGUCGUUGCAUCGCCGCCACCAGCACCAGCACCACCAGCACCAACACUACCACUGCCUACUCCCACGGUAACAUUACCACCUCCGCAAGCUCCCAAUCCGGCCACCAGCAUCCUGCAGCAGCUCAAUUCGAACGCUUCCGUCAACGAUAAGAAGCGCGCCUUGAAAAAUACGAAGAAAACAAAGAAGAAAAGCGCUUCACAGCAAAUUGCGGCCAAAGAUUUGGGUCGCUGGAAGCCGAUGGAUGAUCUGGCACUGAUUACGGGCAUACUACAGACGAACGAUUUGCGUACGGUGCAUCGGGGCACGAAGUUUUCGUGCAAGUUCACCAUCCAGGAAAUGCAGAUCCGCUGGUGUUCGUUGCUGUACGAGGAACCGAUCUCGCGGAUCGCUGUACUGGCAAUGCGCAACAUGCACCCGGAGCUGGUGGAAAGUGUCCACAGUAAAGCGUUAUUUUCCGUAGCCGAAGAGGAGCUGCUGGGAACGAUUAAAUCUAACGAGCUGCCAACGCUGGAAACGUUCCAGGAGCUGCUGAACAAAAACUCGUCCGUGUUUUAUCAUUCGCGGACGGCCAAAAAUUUACUCAACCAUUGGCAGCUGAUGAAACAGUACUCGCUUCUGCCGGACCAAUCGGUACAAUCGCUGCCCAAGAACGAUAACAUACUGAGCUUUUCCGACGCGGAAGAUCUUAUAAACGAUGCCGAGCUGGCUGAACCGCGAGAUGAAGCACUCGAGACGGAGCUUACGCUGGCUGACCGGAAGAGCAAAAAGGAGAUACGCCAUCUGGAGAAUGAACUGAACCGUUGGAGUGUGCUGGUCGAUUCGUUGACGGGAAUUGGCUUUUCGCCAGAUUUCGAUAAUCAAACGCUUGCUGCGAUACGGGGUCGUAUGGUGCGUUUCCUGAUGCGUUCGCAGGAAAUCGUACUCGGUCGCUCGACCAAGGACAGUACGGUGGAUGUGGAUCUGUCGCUGGAAGGCCCGGCGUGUAAAGUAUCACGCAAGCAAGGAUCGAUCAAGCUUCGCAGCAACGGAGACUUUUUCAUCACGAACGAAGGCAAACGGCCGCUGUAUAUCGAUGGACGACCGUUGCUGUGCGGUCACAAAACGCGGCUGAAUGACAAUUGUGUCAUUGAGAUAUCGAACCUGCGCUUUGUUUUCCUGAUCAAUCACGACUUUAUCAACGCCGUCCGACAGGAAAGUGCCAAGAUGAACAUUCCGCUGAACUGAGCUGGAAUCAUUCGAUGUGUUUUAUAUGUAAAAUAUCCUAAGAAACAUUCUAAUUUGCUUCAAU